GGAGGGGGGGGAGUGGCGAAGUGCUGUGUGUGGUGUCACUCUGACUGCGGAGCGCGUUCCCGUGGGCUGUCACUGUGGGCUGUCAGCGGGGCCGACGGAAGCUGGAAGGAGCUGCGAUCCGAGCUGCGGUCCGGGGUGCGACCCGGGUCCGUCCGUCGCGCGCAGGCCGCCCCGCUCGGCGCAUUUAAAGGGCUCGAGCCUCGGAAGCGGAGUCAAGAUGGCAGCGGAGCGGCGCGCGAGCCCGUCUCUUGAUCUCACUCCGAGUUCGGCGUUUUAAAGGGAUCCGACACGAGCGGAUUACCGUCGCAUGUGUGAUCUUUCGGGGUUUUUUCGGGAUUUUGCACACUUUUGUGCUGCGUGGCGUUAACGCGCCUUUUCGUGGACGCAGCGCAUCGCAUCGCACCGCACCGCAGCUCCGUGGACGUGGAUGCGUGUGUCUGUCGGUGUUUCCCACGGAGCCGCGGCGCGCGCACCCUGAACACUGACACACUGACACACACACACACACACACACACACACACACUGCCACACUGACGCUCCGUUACACUGACACCCAGACAGCCGGCAGAAAAGGAGCUCGACAGGACCCGCCAGUGAUGCGCGUGCACCGUGAUCUUACGCGGUAUUGACACCGACGCCGAGACUGAUAUCGACGUCAAUAUGGAUGUUGCGGGAGCUCGUCUGGAUUUGCAGCGCAAAUUCCACUGAAUUCGCACAAAUUCCACUUUGUUGUGACUCGUGCGCGCGCACGGUGAUCACUCGCGGGCUCUGAUCGCACGGGAGCUCGCGGACUGCCCCCAACCCCCCCCCCCCCCGACACUCUUCCUCCAGUCCUCGGUCGGGAUGCGUGAGCUGCCCCUCUGACACCGCGGGGGGUAUUUCUACACGGAGCGACCGAGCGCUGGGCGCGUGGCGCGGGACGAUGGCGGAGGUGCCCCCCCAGGAGCACCCUUCCCCGCUGCACGUGGACAUCGACCCGGACUUCGAGCCCCAGAAGCGGCCGCGCUCGUGCACCUGGCCGCUGCCCCGACCCGAGUGUCCCGCGGGCAAAGCUGGUCCGAGCGACGCCGACGUCAUCCCCGAGGAGAAUGACGACGAGGAGGACCGCGGGGUUUCCGCGACCGUGGGCGGCGGUGGCGGCGGCGGCGGCGGCGGCGAGGGCGCGCUGGGGGGCGCGCAGGUGAGCGCGAGCGUCCCGGGGGAUGAUCCGCUGGCGGCCUCGGGCUCCCCGCCGUCCUCCUCGCGCUCCCCGCCGGGUACGGGGGGCGGCGCGAGCGGGGGCCAGCAGCCGAGGAAGUCGUCCUCGCGCAGGAACGCGUGGGGGAACCUGUCGUACGCGGACCUCAUCACGAAGGCCAUCGAGAGCGCGCCCGACAAGAGGCUCACCCUGUCGCAGAUCUACGACUGGAUGGUGCGCUCUGUCCCCUACUUCAAGGACAAGGGGGACAGUAACAGCUCGGCCGGGUGGAAGAACUCCAUCCGCCACAACCUCUCGCUCCACAGCCGCUUCAUCCGGGUCCAGAAUGAAGGCACGGGUAAGAGUUCCUGGUGGAUGAUAAACCCAGAUGGUGGCAAGGGUGGCAAGGCUCCGCGACGUCGUGCCGUCUCCAUGGACAACAGCAACAAGUACGUCAAGAGCCGUGGCCGCGCCGCCAAGAAAAAGGCUGCCCUGCAGGCUGCCCAGGAGGGGGCAGCUGAGACCCCGUCCGGUCUGUCCAAGUGGCCUAGUAGUCCCACUUCACGUAGCAGCGACGAGCUGGAUGCCUGGACCGACUUCCGCUCACGCACAAACUCAAACGCCAGCACCGUGAGCGGGCGCCUGUCGCCCAUCCUGGCUAACCCUGAGCUGGACGAGGUGCCCGACGACGAGCCGCUGCUCUCGCCCAUGCUCUACGCCAGCCCCGGCAGCCUGUCCCCCGGGGGAGUCAAGCCCUGCCCCACGGAGCUGCCCCGUCUGGCCGACAUGGCGGGCACCAUGAACUUGAACGACGGCCUGUCCGAUGGCCUCAUGGACGACCUCCUGGACAACUUGAGCCCAUCGCAGCAGCCAUCUCCAGGAAAUGGUGGCGAUGCAGCUAGCGACAGCUCUGCGGCGGGAGCCGUCAUGCAGAGGAGCUCCAGCUUCACGUACGGCACCAAGGGCAAUAGUCUGGGCUCACCAUCCUCUAGUGGCUUUGCCAAUUCCAUCUUUGGGUCAACGCCAGCCUCAACACUGGCUGGCCUGCGACCUCCACCCAUGCAGACCAUCCAAGAAAACAAACAGACCUCCUUCUCCUGUAUCUCACACUUCGGGAACCAGACGCUGCAGGACCUGCUCAGCUCAGAGUCACACAGCCACAGCGACGUUAUGAUGACUCAGUCGGACCCGUUGAUGUCACAGGCCAGCGCUGCCGUAUCAUCCCAGAGCGCUCGCCGUAAUGUCUUGCUGCGCAGUGACCCCAUGAUGUCUUUCGCUGCCUCCCAGUCCAACCAAGGCAGCCCUGUGAGCCAUGGUAGCCUGCUCCACCACCAGAACCAGUCUCAGAACUCCCUUCUGACAGGGGGACGGGCCAAUCUGUCUGGCUCUAUCAACGGGGGCCUGGGAUUGGUCAACGAGACCAACAACCUUGCAUCCAUCAAGCACCAGCUCCAGUCACCUGGUAGCAACUCGUCUAUGCAAAUCUGCUCCUCGGACUCUCCCCUGUACUCCAGCCUGAAUGGCGGGGUGGCUCCAGGCCAGGAUCGCUUCCCCAGCGACCUGGACCUAGAUAUUUUCAACGGCAGCCUGGAGUGCGACAUGGACACCAUCAUCCGAAAUGAGCUGAUGGAUGCAGAUGGCCUGGACUUCAACUUCGACUCUCUCAUCUCCACCCAGAACGUGGUCAACCUCAACGUGGGGGGCUUUGCCAACACCAAGCAGACCUCCCAGAGCUGGGUGCCCGGCUGAAGGGAUGACGAGCUUCACCUGUGAAGCAAAGAUGGACAGCACAGACCUACUGUGAUGCGAAGACCCAGCACAUUACCCUUUGCCAAACCAGUCGUCGGCACGAUACAGAAAAUAGUUUACAGGACACAACCCACCCAGAAAAUGGAACCCGUUCCUACCAAAACCAGAACACAGAUUAAAAGACACUGGCUUUAGUUUACCUUUCUCUACAAGGGAAGUGGGGAUAAGAACUCAAGUCAAAAUUAUGCAAUCUUAUUUCAGAAAUUAAAUAAUGCAUAGAUAUUGGAAAAAUAUAGCAUUUUUAAAAAAAAAAAAGAAAAAAAAUCUUGUAGCCACUCACAGUUAAGUAGUUCCUGUAAAAAAAAUACAAACAACAAAAAUAUGUGUUAUCUAAUACAGUGGUUUCUGGGAUGUUUUCAGUGAAGUUUCCUCCUCUUUUAUCUGUGAUUUUUUUUUUUUUUUUUAAUGCUUAGCGAUUCCCUGCUGCCUCUCUGUUGCCCGUUUUUCCACAGAGUUGGUGUUAAAGACGGAUGCUGAGCACCAGGCCAACUCCAACCCUCUGUGCCACAAUGCACCCUACCGCUAAGCUGUUUUUAUUGUAUUUUUUAAAUUGCAGUCUUUAUUUUCUUUAUUUUCACUGCAAUUGGUCUUAUUCAUUUUUAACCCUCUUAUCCUAUUUUAGUAUGAAUCAUUUUAUUACCCGAAAAUCAUGUAUAAUCCAAGCAGAUUAUAAGAGGAAAAUUGUAACUAUGUGUCUGUAACUGUAUAAAAAACAAAAAACAAACAAAAAAAAAAAAAAAAAGCAGUCAGGGUUUGGUGUGGUAAAAAUGAAAUGCUCUGGUUUGGAAGGUGACUCCCAGUGAGGUGCUGGAUGUAUAUGUAGCCAAAACACGUCUUUUGCAUUGCGUUCAUUUCCACACACCAGACCAGGUGCUAAAUAAACAGUGUUCAGUUCACGUCUGUCCUUCCAGGGUGUGCGUUUUCCACUUAAAAUCGUAGUCCUCGUUUUGAAAAAGAAAUGCAUAUGUGUAUUAGCUGACAACAUGGCAGGCGGGAUCGAUAAAGCCAACUUAAUGAGACGUACUGAUAAGCUAUCAUGUAUAUUGCCAAACAACUUGAACGCGUAGGAGAUGUUGGUAGUCACAGCAAGCAAAUAUGUAUUUAAAAAGCGUUACAAUGAGUGAAGCUUAGCCGAUCACUGUUUUUUAAAUAUGCAAAUGAAGUGCUGCUCAGGGGUGAGAAGGAGGGCCGCCGCCGGCUGGAUUUCAUGGCACGGCGAUACCAUAAGCUACGGUCUCCCAGGAGGAGAGAGCAUCUUCUGACCUUUUCACUGGGCUCUAGCGUUCCUCACCGGACAAGCACACACUCGAGCUCACUGGAAGUCUCCACGUCACUGCUUCGACUCUCCACGUUCGCACGUGUCUGUGCAUCUUUGUGCACAUGGUUGCAUUCACUGUGUAAUACAGACGUUCUUUCGUAGGCAUUCAGCACAUGUCCUUGUUUUGUAGCUUGAACGUGGAUGAAAAAAACAGACCUUCACCCAAACAUGAGGUAUGAAUGAUAAAUGUUUCAGUUAUAAUAGGAAAAAAUUUCUUUUAAUGUCACAUCUUGGUCCUCCUUCUCGGGGUAAAUAGUGGAGGUUUUUGUUUUUGUAGUGUGUUGUAACACGUGCCGUGUUUUACCGUGAAUCAGGGGCGGGUGAACGUGUGCAACUGAAGGCUGUAAAAUCUUGCGCGAUUGGCUGUUUUCGUGCUCCGGCCAUAACCUCGCCCCUAGGCCCCGCUCCAAGUUGCAGGACCAUGACCCGCCGCCCCUGAUCCGCCGCUCGUCCCACUGUACCGUUCACACAUGGGCAGAAUAAACAGGAGCUGGUCUGCGUAUGGCACUCGGACAGUCGCUGCGACCUAUUGUCUGCACCUCGUCCUGAGGUUCAGUCAUAGCUUCUCAAACCUGCAAAUGUGGAUGAGCCUGGAAAACACAGGUUAGGUGAAGUCAAGGGAUUUUUCUAAAGUUGACCAAGCUAAGGACAUACCGCAGCAUACGCCAACAGGGUGAGUGACCAGGCAGACCCGUUUACCGAAGGUGGCUCCUGUAUUGGAUGUCCUACACCCCAAAUGAGCCGACUUCAGGUGCAGAGUCAGUAGCCGCUCAGGAAGCAGGGGAGAGAGCUGACCACAGGCUGGCAGUGAAUCAUUCUUUGUGUGUGUACACAUGCACUUCAUUAAAAGGCUGGAAUUACCAGUUCAAGUUUGGCAGCACUGCCAUUCAGAGACCUGCCUGCCAGCAUCGCACGACUGGCCGCCUUGCUGUCGAGGAGCUGCGGCCUGAACGUGAGCCCUCUCCGAUUUCGAGUCAGAUGAUUCAAAUAGGUAGGGCAAGAACUGGAAAUUAAGGUAUUAAGAAAAGAAAGGAAUACAAAGAAGUAAGUUUCAGAAAAAUUAACUUGAUCCAAAUGCAAUACGCUUCUUGAGAAAUCUCACGGCCGCACCAGGUGCUCACCAGUGGUUCCCAACUGUACAUUUUGAGUUUGGGACACAUUAACUUCAGGAUGGUGUACAACUACGAGUAAAAAUCCAGACCACAGAACUCAAAUGUUGUUCUGAAACCUUUCUCCUGUGUUAGAUCUCCUCUAGUAUCUGCUUCUCUUCUUGAUGUUAGUAUUUUCUGGUGUAUUCCAUUUUGAGCUGUAAUCUAGUUUGUAUAAGAAAUGGUUGGCAUGUAAAUAAAGCUCAGUGAAGCUCAGCCCUG